UCUGGCCUGGGGGCCCCUCCUUCCCCUCACCCCCUUGGCCACAUCCACACACGGAGGGCGGGGUGCACGGGAGGCCGUCGCCACCGAGCGGAGCGGUACUGGAUCGGACCGGAGCGAACGGAACGGGGCGGCCUCCGCCGGAAUUGUCUGGUGUUUCUCAGCUUGAAGAAGAUCUGCAGUCAUUAUUGAUCCUCUUUCUUGGCGUUACCAUUUUUGAAGUGAAGUUUGCCUAGCUUUCUAGUGUGAGCUCUCUUUUCAGCCAUCUUAUAAAAAAGAACAAAUUUUUUUGAUCCAUAAAGUAGACAAGCUAUAGUUCUACAAUGUCCAAGUCAUUCCAGCAGUCAUCUCUGAGUAGGGAUUCACAAGGUCAUGGGCGUGACCUCUCUGCAGGAAUAGGCCUUCUUGCUGCUGCUACCCAGUCUUUAAAUAUGCCAGCAUCUCUUGGAAGGAUGAACCAGGGUACUGCACGCCUUGCUAGCUUAAUGAAUCUUGGAAUGAGUUCUUCAUUGAACCAACAAGGAUCUCAUAGUGCACUGUCUUCUGGUAGUACCUCUUCCCAUAAUUUGCAGUCUAUAUUUAACAUUGGAAGUAGAGGUCCACUCCCUUUGUCUUCUCAGCACCGUGGAGACGCAGACCAGGCCACUAACAUUUUGGCCAGCUUUGGUCUGUCUGCUAGAGACUUAGAUGAACUGAGUCGCUAUCCCGAGGACAAGAUUACUCCUGAAAACUUGCCUCAGAUCCUUCUACAACUUAAAAGGAGGAGAGCUGAAGAAGGUUAUGGUAGAGAUGGCAGAUCAUCCACACGGGAACCACCAUACAGAGUACCUAGGGAUGAUUGGGAAGAAAAAAGGCAUUUUAGAAGAGAUAGCUUUGAUGAUCGUGGUCCUAGUCUCAACCCAGUGGUUGACUAUGACCAUGGAAGUCGUUCUCAAGAAUCUGGUUAUUAUGACAGAAUGGAUUAUGAAGAUGACAGAUUAAGAGAUGGAGAAAGGUGUAGGGAUGAAUCUUUUUAUGGUGAGACUUCGCAUAACUAUCAUAAAUUUGACAGUGAGUAUGACAGAAUGGGUCGUGGUCCUGGUCCUGAGAGAUCUCUCUUUGAGAAAAAGAGAGGUGCUCCUCCAAAUAGCAAUAUUGAAGACUUCCAUGGAUUCUUACCGAAGGGUUAUCCCCAUCUGUGCUCUAUAUGUGAUAUGCCAGUUCAUUCUAAUAAGGAGUGGAACCAUCAUAUCAAUGGAGCGACUCACAGUCGACGUUGUCAGCUGCUGCUUGAAAUAUAUCCAGAAUGGAAUCCUGACAGUGAUUCAGGACAUGGAAUGGGUGAUCCUUUCAUGUUACAGCAAUCCACAAACCCUGCACCAGGAAUUCUGGGACCACCACCACCUCCAUUUCACCUUGGAGGACCUCCUGUUGGGCCGAGAGGAGCUGGAAAUGGAAAUAUGCAAGGACCGAGACACAUGCAAAAGGGCAGAGUGGAAACAAGCAGAGUUGUUCACAUCAUGGAUUUCCAGAGGGGAAAGAACUUGAGAUAUCAGCUACUUCAGCUUGUUGAACCAUUUGGAAUAAUUACAAAUCACCUGAUUCUAAAUAAAAUCAAUGAGGCAUUUAUUGAAAUGUCGACCACUGAAGAUGCCCAGGCUGCAGUAGAGUACUAUUCAACAACCCCCGCACUGGUAUUUGGUAAACCAGUCAGAGUCCACUUAUCACAGAAAUACAAAAGAAUAAAGAAACCUGAGGGUAAACCUGACCAAAAAACUGAGCCGCCAAAACCGGAGCUUGGUCGUGUGAUUCACCUCAGCAAUUUACCUCAUUCAGGAUACUCUGACAACGCAGUACUCAAACUGGCUGAACCGUAUGGAAAAAUUAAGAACUACAUACUCAUGAGAAUGAAAAGCCAGGCUUUCAUUGAGAUGGAGACCAGAGAAGAUGCUUUAGCUAUGGUUGAGCAUUGUGCCAACAAAGCACUCUGGUUCCAAGGCAGAUGUGUGAAAGUGGAUUUAUCUGAAAAAUACAAGAAACUGGUGUUAAGGAUUCCAAACAAAGGAGUUGAGCUGCUGAAAAAGGAUAAAACUAGAAAGAGAACAUACUCUCCAGACAGCAAAGAUUCUCCAAGUGAUAAGAAGUCUAAAACAGAUGCUACUCAGAAACCUGAAAGCGGCAGUGUAGAAGAUAAAGUGAAAGAGGAGAAACAAGAUGAUGCUGCUGAGCCAUCAGGCACUAAAAGUAGUGAACAGGCAGACCAAGAUGAGCCUAGUUUACUCCUUGAAUCUGAGGAUGAGCUGCUAGUGGAUGAGGAGGAAGCAGCAGCACUGUUAGAAAGUGGCAGCUCAGCAGGAGAUGAUGCAGAUGUUGCCAAUUUAGCUGAUGUGACUACUGAAGAAAAAAAGGACACAGCUGAUGAUGUGACCCUAAAAACUGAGGGGAAUGUUGUGGCCAAUCCAGCAACAAAGAAAAAGCUUAAAAAGCGAUAUGUGGGUGGCUUUCCACGGAGCAUGGAAGGUUUUGUCACUCUAGAUGAGGUUGGUGAUGAAGAAGACUCGGAUCAUCAAAAACUCCGCAAGUCGGGUUUGGCAGUAAAAUCUGCUGGCAAAAACGAUGAUAGUUUGGCAGAAAUCAAGGUAGACAAGAUUGAGGAGCCAGAGCAGGAAAAUGAAACAUUAGAAAAUGGAACCAAAACCGAAGAGACUUCCAAGGCUGAAACUGUUGAAGCUUCUGAUACCACAACAGCACAGGAUACUGAGAAAAAUGCCCAUGAAAAUGCAGACACCCAGGAUGAACAGGAAACAAAGAAUGUCCAAGAGAAACCUCUGGUUCCAGAUGAAUUUAGGAUUGGGCCAUACCAGCCAAACAUUCCUGUUGGUGUGAAUUAUGUGGUACCCAAAACAGGGUUUUAUUGCAAAUUGUGUUCCCUGUUCUACACAAAUGAAGAUGUUGCAAAAAAGACCCAUUGCAGCAGCCUUCCUCAUUAUCAAAAGUUGAAGAAAAUUCUGGAUAAAAUGGCCGAAGACCACAGGCAAAAGAAAGAAGCUUAAAAGGAAGGAAGGAUGUAAGGAAAACAGUGGCUUUGUUUUUAAUGUUAAUCUUUUUAAAAAGCAGUACAAGUAGUAGAUGGAAAUACUGUAUUCUUUUUUGUUUUAGUGAAAUACAGUAGGCAUUAUAGGUCUGUUCAUGUGUUAAAUGUUGUAGCAAAAAGCAUACACAGUUAAGUUAAUGACAAAAAUUUGUUCUUAACGUGAGAAUGGCAACAAGUUUUUGUUUUGACACUUCAAGCUAUUAAAGAAAAAUCUUGCACCCUUGUGGAAAGCUCAUCUAUGGGAAGAAAACUUCAUUUAAGUGAAAUUUACUACUUUCAAGCUUCAGAAAUUGUCUUUCAAUUCCAUUCUCAAUAAAGAAUAAAAAGUAAUGCUGUAUUUUUAUUUUAUCUAGAACAUUCCAUAUUUCAGUCUGAGCCUAGCAGAUAUUUAAUUUCGAGUGUAAGCCUGUCAUUGCAUUUCACUUUUGAAAAGUCUUUAAAUGUAAGUUGCAUUUUUAAAUGUUGAAUUGCAGUUUCUUUUAAUGUCAUUGCUGUUAUAUAGCAAAUAGGAAAAUUAGUGAUUAGUCAGCUUUACAACUUUGUGAUUUUUUUUUUCCUAAGCCCUUGGUAGACUUUCCUAUUCAACUAUUCCAUGUAUUUUUAGUGAAAAGUAAAUGCCCAUUCUCCUCUGACCAGUAUUAUUUCCUUAAGCUCUUCCUGCUUUUACUUGAAUCUUGUAGCUGUCAUAGAUCCCUAGUCUAUCCAAAAGCAGCAUUUGAGUCCUGAGAUGUAAAAAGGUAUCUUUAUAUUCUUCACAUGUAACUUUUUCAUACCUGCAUUUUAAAACAGUUUUUGUUAAAAUCUGGUUUUGUCAAGAAUCUUUAGAACUGUGCUCUUAAUGUACCUGCACAUGUGAUAUGUGAACAGGAAUUUGCAUGUGUAACUUGUGUUUAUCUGUAGUUUUUGUUAUUUACUGCUUAUUUGUGAAUUCAGGUUACUAAAGUGAUUUACCAAUAAACAAAGCUAGGCACCAGUAA